AUAUAUCAUAAAAUAAUAUUUUGCUCGCAAUGUCUUUAUUGCGAAUUAUUCGAUAUAAACAACACGCUAUUUUUCCGUUGAUUGCAAGAGACUCGUUUCUAAGUAGUCCAUUCAAAGGAAAGAAUAAUGUCGUCUUUCAAUUCAAGAGAACUUUUAAUGGAACGUUUAAAAGAUCUAGCAAGCAGGAACACAAAAAGCAAAAGAUCUUGUCAAAUAUUUAUAAAGUCGGUUGGGGAACAUUAGGAAUAGGUGGAGCUUAUACGUUUAAGAUAAGUACGAAACAAGCGACAUGCGAAGCGAUUAGGCAAAACAAUGAAACAAAAGAUAGCGUCGGACCGCAUUUUCAAUGGAAAGAUUUUUUGGAGUAUCUAUAUCCGCAUGUUUGGCAUUUAUUGAUUUCUUUGUCAAGUGCCCUAAUCGUAGCAAUGUUAAAUAUUUGGAUACCACAAUCUGUUGGUAAUAUCAUAAAUGUAUUGACAAAAAUAGUUCAAGAUAAAAGAAAUGAUUCUACAAGAAAUACACUGGAAAUGCUUCUGAGACCAACCUUUUUGUUGGCACGUAUGUAUGUUGCACAAGCUUUUUUCACUUUUGUUUAUAUUCACACACUUUCUCAUAUAGGGGAAAGAGUAGCAAUGAAGUUACGUCAAAAUGUAUUCAAAUCUAUCAUUAUGCAAGAUGUUGCAUUUUUUGAUAAAAAUCGAACUGGCGAAAUAGUAAGCCGAUUAACGAGUGAUAUUCAGGAUUUCAAAAGUACAUUCAAGAUUUGUAUAUCGCAAGGUCUAAGAAGUUCUACACAAAUUGUUGGUUGUGUUAUUUCUGUGAUAAUGUUAUCGCCUCAACUGACAGCUGCAAUGUUAUUAUCUAUGCCACCAGUUAUAUUCAUUGGUACUCUAUUAGGAAAAAGUUUGCGUAAGUUGUCUACAGAUGCACAAAAUCAAAUUGCAAAAGCCACUGCUGUCUGCGAAGAAGCUAUCCAAAAUAUACGAACGGUAAGAGCGUUUGCGGCAGAAAAUCGAGAAACGGAAGUAUUUUCUAAGGAAGUCGAAUAUGCAUCCGAGCUGUAUGAAAAUUUGGGAUUUGGUAUUGGGUUGUUUCAAGCAGGAACCAAUUUGUUUUUAAAUGGUAUAUUGCUUUGUACGUUGUACUUCGGUGGUCACUUAAUGUCGAUCGGGCAAUUAACGUCCGGCGAUCUUAUGGCAUUUUUAAUGGCAACCCAAAUAAUUCAAAGAUCUCUAUCUCAGUUAUCUUUAUUAUUUGGAACGUACGUAAGAGGAGUUACUGCUGGUGCUCGAAUUUUCGAGUAUUUAAACAUGCCACCAUCGCCGAUGAUGGUAGGAGGGAAAACAAUAGAGGGAAAGACUUUGUCCGGCGAUAUAGAAUUUAAAAACGUAAAAUUUAGUUAUCCAACUCGACCGGAUCACAUCAUUUUGAAGAAUUUUAAUUUGAAUAUUCCCUCCGGUAAAACGGUCGCUAUUGUGGGUUCUAGUGGAAAUGGAAAAUCGACCAUCGCCGCACUGUUAGAACGCUUUUAUGACGUCAACGAGGGUAGCAUUUCGAUCGAUAAAUGGGACAUUAGGUCUCUCAAUUCUAGCUAUCUUAGAGGUACUGUAUUAGCAUAUAUAAAUCAAGAACCCGUACUUUUCGCAACUAGCAUAAUGGAAAAUAUCAGAUAUGGAAAGCAAGAUGCGACCGACGAGGAGAUCGUAACAGCGGCGAAAGAAGCAAAUGCUCACGAAUUCAUUACAAAAUUUCCAAAUGGAUACGAAACUCAGGUUGGCGAGAGAGGCGCACAAUUGUCCGGAGGACAAAAACAGCGUAUUGCCAUUGCCAGAGCACUACUAAUGCGACCAUCGAUUUUAAUAUUGGACGAAGCAACGAGCGCGUUGGAUUAUGAAAGCGAAAGACUGGUACAAAAAGCUUUAGAAAACGUAACUCGAGAUAGAACAGUGUUAGUUAUUGCUCAUAGACUAAGUACUGUAAAAUCUGCUGAUAUUAUUGUUGUAUUGCAACAUGGUGUUAUCGUAGAGAUAGGUACCCAUGCACAACUAUUUAAGAAACAAGGAACAUAUUAUAAAUUAGCGAGAGAACAAAGAAUUAAUUAAAA